AUUCCCUCUCCAAUCAAUUGUGCAAGCGUGUGCGGAGCAGAGCGCAACUGGGGAACUUGGAAUCUCACUAAAUCUCACAGCAAAUCCCUUUAGCUGCGAGUUGACAUGGCUUGACUGAUCUCUGCGGGACGUUUCAGGAAAUGCAACAGGUGGAAGAGCCGACGGAAUGAACUCUCCUGUUAGCGUCCCAGGCUAGCUGCUGUACACAGUCUACACUCUUCAAGGUGCCUGUGGGCGUCGGACAGGGAAACUACUGCGCAACCUUUCACACGGUCAGGUGGCACCAUGGAUGACAACAGCCUCAGUGACUCCAAUGUAAAGGUCGCUGUUCGUGUGCGGCCCGUGAACAGGAGAGAAAAAGACCUAAAGACAAAAUGUGUGGUGGAGAUGGAGGGGAAUCAGACAGUUCUGCAUCCAGCCAUCACCAGCAUGAACAAAGGAGACCCCCGGUGUCAGCCAAAGGUUUUUGCCUAUGACUACUGCUUCUGGUCAAUGGAUGAAUCUCAAAAAGACAAGUUUGCAGGUCAGGAUGUAGUGUUCCAGUGCCUUGGGGAGAGUCUGCUGAACAAUGCCUUCAUGGGCUACAAUGCCUGCAUCUUUGCUUAUGGACAAACAGGCUCUGGGAAGUCGUACACCAUGAUGGGCUCAGCGGAACAACCUGGUCUGAUCCCUCGGCUCUGCAGCUCCCUGUUUAGCAGGAUAGUGCACGAGGCCCGGGAGGGAGAGAGCUUCACAGUGGAGGUCUCCUACAUGGAGAUUUACAACGAGAAGGUCCGAGACCUGCUCGACCCCAAAGGAAGUCGACAAGCGCUGAGAGUGAGAGAGCACAACGUUUUUGGGCCUUACGUUGAUGGCCUGUCUCGCCUGGCUGUGGCCAGCUAUAAGGACAUCGAGUCUCUGAUGUCAGAAGGAAAUCAAUCUCGCACAGUGGCAGCCACAAAUAUGAAUGAAGAGAGCAGCAGAUCUCACGCUGUUUUCAACAUCAUCCUCACACACACACUCAUGGACCUACGGUCUGGGACGAGAGGAGAGAAGGUGAGCAAGCUGAGUCUGGUGGAUCUGGCUGGCAGCGAGCGGGCAGCGAAGACUGGAGCAGCGGGGGAACGGCUCAAAGAAGGGAGCAACAUCAAUAAGUCUCUCAGUACUCUGGGUUUAGUUAUCUCGGCCUUGGCUGACCAGGGAGCAGGGAAGAACAAGAGCAAGUUUGUUCCCUACAGAGACUCUGUGCUCACCUGGCUGCUCAAGGACAGCCUGGGAGGGAACAGCCGCACGGCCAUGGUCGCCACCAUCAGCCCCGCUGCGGACAACUACGACGAGACGCUGUCCACCCUGCGUUAUGCCGACAGGGCCAAGAGUAUCGUCAACCACGCCGUGGUCAACGAAGACCCCAACGCCAGGAUCAUCCGAGAGCUCAGAGAGGAAGUGGACAAACUGAGGGAGCAGCUCACUGAGGCUGAGUCUAUGAAGGCACCCGAGCUGAAGGAGCGGCUGGAGGAAUCAGAGAAACUGAUCCAAGAAAUGACGGUCACCUGGGAGGAUAAACUCAGGAAGACUGAGGCUAUUGCGAUGGAGCGUCAGAAGCAGCUGGAGAGUCUGGGCAUUUCCCUGCAGUCGUCUGGAAUCAGAGUGGUGGACGACAAGUGUUUCCUGGUCAACCUUAACGCUGACCCUGCCCUCAACGAGCUGCUGGUCUACUACCUGAAGGAGCACACGCGCGUGGGCUCAGCCAACUCGCAGGACAUCCAGCUGUGUGGGAUGGCCAUCCAAGCUGAACACUGCGUCAUCGACAUCACUGAAAUCAGCGGCGUGGUGCUCAGUCCUCACCGUAACGCUCGAACAUGUGUGAAUGGUGCUGUAGUCACCAGUCCAGUUCAGCUUCAUCACGGUGACAGAAUCCUGUGGGGAAACAACCACUUCUUCAGGAUCAGCCUGCCGAGGCAUAUGGUCCGCGCAGGGCGUGAGGAUGAGGAGGGCGCCCCUGCGAUGAAGACGUGUUUGAGCGCCGACCGGCUGGAUGUGGACUUUGAUGCGUCCAGCGACGUAUCGAGCGAGCUGAACUUUGGCUAUGAGUUUGCCCAGGCCGAAGUCAUGAUGAAAGGCAUGGGCAACAACGACCCCCUGCAGUCGGUGCUACAGACCCUGGAGAGGCAGCAUGAGGAGGAGAAGCGUUGCGCCCUGGAGCGGCAGAGGCAGAUGUAUGAGCAGGAGCUACAGCAGCUCCGCCAGCGGCUUACUCCUGAGAAACCCUCCCACCUCCUGGACCCGUCAGGCCUGUUGCCCAGCGCAGCCGUAACGUCACCCAGCACCCACAAACGCAUGCGGCGCUGGAGCGAGGACAGAGAAGCAAUGAUGACUCGCAGCCUGCGGCGUCUGAGGGAGCAGAUAGUUCGGGCCAACCUGCUGGCACAGGAGGCUGGCUUCAUAGCCGAGGAGCUUAACAAGAGGACAGAGUACCUGGUCACUCUGCAGAUACCUGCUGCCAACCUGGAUGCCAACAGGAAGCGCGAUGUAGUAUUGAGCGAGCCGGCCAUCCAGGUUCGCCGUAAAGGCAAAGGGAAGCAGAUCUGGGCUCUGGAAAAGAUGGAGAACAGGCUGGUGGACAUGAGGGAGCUCUACCAGGAGUGGAAGGACCUUGAUGAGGACAACCCUGUGAUGCGCUCCUAUUUCAAACGUGCCGACCCGUUCUUCGAUGAACAGGAGAACCACAGUCUGAUCGGUGUGGCCAGUGUUUUCCUGGCCUGCCUGUUGCAUGAUGUCAAGUUGCAGUAUGCAGUGCCCAUCAUCAACCAGAAGGGAGAGGUGGCAGGUCGGCUGCAUGUGGAGUUGUGGCGGGGUACAGAGAGCACUGAGGAGGAAGGUCCAGGACAGUUUACUCAGCAGAGCAUAACGGACGGAGAUCCACAGGAGCGCAAGCUGGACUGUGUGGUGAAAAUCCUCCAGGCCACUGGUCUGCCUCGCCACCUGUCCAACUUUGUCUUCUGUCAGUACCAUUUCUGGGGGCUGGAGGAGCCGGUGUUCAUCGCUCCAGAGGUGGCGCCAUCCAGCUCGUCCUCUGACUCCAGAGACCCGCAGUGCACCGUGGUCUUUGACAACGCCAAGGAGUUGUCUGUGCCAGUGUCGGAGGAGUUUGUGGAAUUUUUGGCCGAGGGGGCGGUGGCCAUUGAAGUGUACGGCCACAAGCAGGCCAACCACCGCAGGAACCUGGCACUGUGGGACCUCGGAGUGAUUCAAGCCAAGACCCGAUCGCUCAGAGAAAGGUGGAGUGAGGUGACCCGCCAGCUGGAGCUAUGGGUGCAGUUGAUGGAGCUGAACGAGGCAGGAGAGUUCACAGCUGUCGAGGUUCUUCCUGCUAAAGACGUGCGCACAGGAGGGAUCUUCCAGCUCCGACAGGGUCAGUCCCGUCGGGUCCGGGUGGAAGUGCGUUCUGUACCAGACUCUGGCACCAUGCCCCUCAUUGCCACCUCCAUCCUCUCUGUGUCCAUUGGAGACGUCAAGGUUCGACAGGCGCGUCCCUCCAGAGGCAGCGAAUCACAAUGGGAACGGGAUGAAGAAAUGGACAGCUACCAAGAGGUAGACCUGGAGAGGUUGAGGGAACAGUGGCUGGUCACACUCACUCAGAGACAGGAGUAUCUGGACCAGCAUCUACAGAAGAUAGUUUGCAAACCAGAUAAGUCGGAGGACGAUGUUGAAAGGGAGUCCCAGCUGCUGGAGUGUCGUCUGACGCUCACCGAAGAACGCAACGCCGUUCUGGUGCCAUCAGCUGGCAGUGGCAUCCCUGGAGCGCCGGUGGAGAGGGUUCCUGUCCCUGGAAUGGAAACACACAUUCCUGUCCUGUUCCUAGAUCUCAGUGCUGAUGAUUUCCAGUCCAGUCUUUCAGCCCCUUUGGCUGGGGGGCUGGAUGCGUUACUCAGUGGGGAGGAGGAGGAGGACUUCUUUGACCUUCAUAUUGUUAGACACUAUGAUUCAGCGGUGAAGGUGGAGGCUUCCUGGGACUCCACGGUCCACGAGUGCCCCCAGCUCAGUCGCGUGACGUCGGCUGACCAAAGGGCCUACCUGACGGUCAGCACGGUGGUACAGCUGAGCCACCCGGCCCACAUGCAGCUGGUGCUCAGGAAACGGAUCUGCGUUAACGUCACCGGGAAACAGGGUUUUGCUCAGAGCCUGCUGAAGAGGAUGUCUCAGCGCAGCACCAUCCCCGGCUGUGGGGUCACCUUUGAAAUUGUUUCUAACAUCCCAGGGGACAUCCAUGGUCCAGAGGACAGGGAGAUGUUGGCCAGGCUGGCUGCCAGCACCGAGAACGACCAGUCGGCUGACAGUGAGGCGGCCAUAGAGAAAUACCUCCGCAGCGUCCUUGCUGUGGAGAACAUCCUCACCCUGGACAGACUCAGACAGGAGGUGGCUGUGAGGGAACAGCUGGCGGUCAGAGGGAGCCCCAGACGCUGCCUGAGCUCUCCAAACAUUAACCGGUUAAGAGACCGGCUGUCAGCCAGCAGUCUGGAUCUCUACUGCUCCACUCAUAAGCUCAAUGACUACAAGGGCUGGGAGAGCCACCAGGACCUUUCUGUGGCGCCUCCUUUGUCUAGACGCACUCUGCCCAGCGCCCUAUCCCAGAACCUGAACACAGAGACAGUGAAGGCCGUACCCAAGCUGCUGAAGUCUCUGCUUCCUGGUGGGAAGGAAGAUAGUGGAGACCAGACAGCUGUCCAUCAGCAGAGUUUGCCUCGCAUCAUGGUGCAGUCAGCCAGUGUUGAAGAAGGCAUGAGCAAACAUCAGCAGCCAGUUCCCAUUGAGGAAAUCAUUCCUCCCAGCCUCCAAACAGAGAGCCCCAGAUCUGUGCCCCUCCCACCGCCAAUCAUCCCAGAGACAGAAGACUCCGCCCCCAGCCCUGUCAGCGAAGCAUCGAGCGGAUACAUUUCGACUAGCAUAUCUGCAGCCACUCUGUCAGAAGUCUACACACUGAGCUGGGACCUGCCUCCGUCGUCCGGCUUUGAGGCGGUGCCAAAUGAAGAGGAAGAGGACAAUAAAGUGACACAAUAUGACACUUAUCCUGAAUCUUUUCUCAGGGACCAAUCAGAGCCUCAGGAGUCACUGCUGGUUUUGAACAAUAACGCAGCUCAAGAGAGGACCGACUUGCCACCGUUCAAACUUGACUGUACUCCAUCAGAUACAAACCUGAGUCAACAAGAACCAAAUCAGGCUCCGUCAGUCCAGUUGAAGGAGCAAGUAAAGCCCGAUUCAGUUGCAGAAUCAGACUUACCAUGCCAGACCAAACAAAAGCAAGACUCGACAAUUGGCCUUAUUGGAUCAGAAGAACUGGACAACUCUGAGCCACCUAAAGAUUCCUUGUUAGAACAAGAGAAUGAAACCAAACGGACAGAAUUUUCAGAAACGGACCACUCAAAACCAGAACUGUCAGUUAACUUUGAAACACAAUCGCCUGCACAAGAAGGUCAAAGCCAGUCUGAAACAAUCGCCCCACAGCAGCCCGAGCAAGACCAAACAACCUUCAGCAGCGCUCAAGAUCAAGCUCCAAACUUGACCUCAGUUGUGUCCGAUGAUGUCUUGGUUCCAGCUCCUGCCCCAUCUGGAGAUCUGAUGCUUCUAGCUUCAUCUGAGGAACAAGCCACUUCUGAGGACUCAAACCCAAAUGGCACCUCCAUCCCAACUUUAUCCUCAACCACACAUGAAGUCCAAGAGGAAGCACCUGCAUCUAGAAAAGCCUCUCCAGCUCCUUUUCUGGCCAGUGCUCAGCCUUCCAAACCUGAUGCCUCGGUGGCAAACCCCUUCAAGAUCCAGAAAGUGAAGUCUUCAGGCCUCAAGUCCUUUCAGCGUAUUCUGGGGGAGGAGGAGAAGGAGAAGGAUAAGCUUACGCAGGUGGGCCGGGCCAGCAGCCUUGGGACAGGACUUAACCUCUCUGUGCCGAUGGAAAGCCUGGAAAUUAUUUCCGACUCUGAGGAAGGGGAUUCAGCUGCCUCUGCAGUUCUUCCUGAGUGGUUGAAAGAAGGGGAGUUUGUGACUGUGGGAACCAAUAAGAGCGGCAUCGUCCGUUAUGUUGGACCCACGGAUUUUGCAGAGGGUACCUGGGUGGGAGUGGAACUGGAGGUACCAGCAGGGAAGAAUGACGGUUCAGUGGGUGGCAAACAUUACUUCCGCUGUAACCCUGGUUACGGCGUGCUGGUAAAGCCAGACAGGGUGAGCCGGGGUGGCGGCAAGCGCCGUCGCCAGCAGCAACAGCAGCAGCAAAAGCGCCGUAGUGCCAACCUGUCUGGAUCCAGCCCGAACCUGGCAGCCCUUACCGCUCUGGCCAAAGGUGAAGGUGGUGCGGCACUAACUGUCCGCAGCAGAGGAGAGAACCGCAAGUCAUGGAACACUUGAGAAGUUCAGUGUCUGCUAAAAGGCUAAUUGCUGGAUUACCCACAUGCAGCAGUUGGUUGAUGAAAGGGUAAGCUUUUAGAAAGAGUGACAAUAUAAUCGUGUUUUAUUUGGGCAAAUUCUUGGGACAAGAGUCACUCCACACUCCUAUUGACAAAGGGAACCAUCUCACCCAUCAGAUGUUCAUCACUCAUCAUCUGUUAAAGGACGGUUUCUCUACCUAAUGUACUUAGAAUUUACAAUAUUUUUCAAUUACCAUCAGAAAAUGUGAAUGUUUUUAGAUAUUUAGAUGCAAAUUUCUCUUCCAUGUUAAAGGGUAGACGUCUCAUUUUGUAAUGGAUUUAUUCCAGUGAAAUUAGAUUACAAUCAAAGGACUGUCUCAAAAUCAGCACGUUAUUUUUUUCUUAGUAAGUUAUAAAUAAAAGUAUAUUUGCAGAUGGGGUUAUGUGUUAUUAAACAUAAAUCUAAAGUGCACUGUGUUACUGUACACUGUGAACCAGGUUAAACACCUUCAUGUGCUCAUAUUUCUACUGUUCAAAAUAUAUUAUGCAUGUUUGCAUGCAUCAACUUACUUUAUACAUAUUGGUGUUGUUGGAUUGGACUGUAUGACUGUUUUAAUUAUUGUGCCUUGAAAUAUUGCGACUACUACUCAGCGAAUGUGCCUUAGUGAUAUAUCACCAAAUUCUGUGCUGCUGGUAGGUUAAACUGUUUAACUGGAGCUUAUUUUAGCUCUUGAAUGUGUAUUUCUACUGUUUUAGGAUAAAACUUAGUUCCUUUUUUAACGCUUUGUCUCCAAGCAAGUGUGUCAAGAUUGAUUGGAAGUUACUUAAUUUUAAAGCAAGAUGAGUUUAUGCAAGUUUUGAAUUUUGUGCAUUUGGGAACCUGUUGAUUUGUACCGGAUUAGGAUUUUUUUUGGUUGUAAUGCAUUUAGUAUACAUUUUCCCCCCUGGAAAAUAAGACCUUAAUAUGACUGCCUGAAUGUGUAUUUAUUUAAAGAUGAAGACAUGAUAUUGAUAAUGAAAAGCAAAAUCAACUUUUUAUAUUGUUAAAUAAACUUCAUUCUUGCUCUAGUCAA